AUGUAUAAAAAACCAGCACCAAAAUGUAUGGUAACGACAAUAAGGCAUACUUUUGUAAACAAAAGAUCAUUUAGCAUUACUCAACAACUUUAUGGGGCUAGAGAUGCCAAUGAUAUUGACAAAACAACAAAAACAUUAGACAAAGCAUUAGGUUUUUCUCACGCUAUUGAAAAUACCACAAACUACGAAAAUAAAAAGUUUGAUGAGGAUUUCGAAAUAUCUAAUCCCAAGUUAAAAUCCAAUAUAACAAACGUAACUUUAGAUCAAAGUGUGGUAAAAAUUACAACAAUCAACAAUCCUAAUAGUGGUGUUUUUAAAGCCAAUUCAUCUUCAAAGGAAAAAGUUCAUAAUAAAACACUUUCACCGCCAAAAGAUUUGAAUAAGCUAAAUCAAUUUGUAAUGAAAUUAAUGACACGUCAUGAGAGAGUUAAGUACCAAGAGGAAUUACAACACAAAAAAAAAUUGGAAAAAGAAAGAGUGAAAAACACUUUCCAUAACAGUAGCAACAAACAUAUUGUCUCUAAUAAUGGUAAACCUCACAGAGUUUGUUCCAAUUUGCAACAGCAAACUUAUUAUAUAGACCCGUAUUUCGAACCACAGUCCAUAACGGACACUAAUUGCAAUAACUCAAAUGCCAACCACAAACCCCCACCAACUUUAAAGCAUAACCUAGAAAAGGUUCUCUUCCAGCCAAUGGUUAUACAUAGUUUAAAAGAUGAUAGAACCAAAAAAUAUAAUUUCUCCCCUUUUAUUGAAAAAGCAGUUAGUGUGGGAUAUUUCAACUAUGAUGCCAUCAACAAAUAUACUGCUCCGUCAGAAGAUUUAAAAUUAUUGGAAAUUGCACGUGAAAAUAACUUAAAAUUUUAUUCUUCAACUUCUUCAAUGACCGGCAUCUUAUCACAUUUACAUUUUUUGAUAUCAAAUUUUAAAAAAGUCAAUUUGACUGAAAUAACAAAGCAUUUUAACAAAACAUCCGCAAGGUUUACAAAAGGGGCACAACUACCUACAGCCGUAAUACUGCAAAAAAAGAAACAUGGUGUUAAUGUUGGUCCAUCUAAACUAUCACCUUUCUAUUCCAUUACCGCAGAAAAAUCUACCGAUAAAGAGAUGAUUUUAUCUCAAUUGGGCCAUGCUUUAGAAAAACAAUUGACUACAGAUGCCGGCACAUUCAAUAAAUUUUAUAACAAAAACUCAGAUAGAUAUUGCCAAAGACAGCAACAUGCUCAAACUACAAUAGACAAUGACAGUUUUCAUUAUAUGAGAAUCAUGGACUUUGUAAUUCGUUCCCAAUUAGAUUGUUAUCAUAAGAAUCUACCGGGCACGGGUGUAUUUGAUUUAAAAACAAGGGCUGUUUGUGCUAUAAGACAUGAUUUGUUAUACGUUGAGCAACAUAACAAUACCACCGGUUAUGAAAUUUCUAAAUUAUACGGGAAAUUUGAGUCUUUUGAAAGAGAAUUUUAUGAUUUAUGUAGAAGUACUUUAUUAAAAUAUUCAUUACAAGCUAGAAUGGGCAACAUGGAUGGGAUUUUUGUUGCGUAUCAUAAUAUUAAAAAGAUUUUUGGUUUCCAAUAUUUACCGUUGGAAGAGAUUGAUCAUAUAAUCCAUGGGUAUACCAAUGAAUUUUUUAAUGAUAAAUUGGACAUUAGGAAAAAUUCUAUAGUGGAAAAAUGGGGCGAAAUGGAGUAUGUUAAAAACUAUGAUUAUUCUAGUUUGCAGAAACCCAUUUCUAAUAAAAUUGCUGAUGCUGAGUUCAGGUUUUCGAUGGCUAUAUUAAAUAACGUUUUCUCAGCAAUAAUCAAAUUAUUUCCUCAGGUGGACAACAUUAGAGUUUUGUUUAAAUGUGAAAUGCAAAAAAACACGUUACCCAAUGGUGAAACUGUCAUCAAACCAGCUUUAAUUGUAAUUGCUAUUCCAAUUACUGAAAAAGAAACUAAAUUUUUACAGAGAAAUGAAUUGAGUAAAACAAUGCUAUUGAAGAAUAAAGCUGGAGGGUUAAAAUAUAUUGAUCAAUUAACUGCUUUCAAUAAAAAAAGUUUUUCUGAUCAUAUUGAUGAAAUCGUUGGGUUUAAAAUAACUUGUAAGAGCUAUUUGAACAGUUUGGACGGUGAUAAAAAUGAACAUUUGAAAGAUCCAAAUGGGUAUUAUAAAGAUUUUAGAACUUGGGAAUACCCUAAUUUUUUUGCUCCCGAGGAUGUUAGCAAAUGGGUUUUGAAAACUGAAUAUGACCGUGUUAGUAGUACCUUUUGGUUGGAAAAAAGAUAUUUUAAAUUUUUAAAUGAAAAAUUGGAUACUUUAAGACAUUAUUUUAGUAGUGAAAGUGAAUCUUAUGAUGGAAAUAUAGAUGAUCAAUCGUUUUCUUUUCCAAUUAAAAAUAACAAUAGUAAUAAGGAUACUAAUAAAAUAAUAGGUAAAGAUAAAAACGAAGCUACCGAUAGAGAAAAUAUUAUUGCAAAAAAAAAAGACAUUUCUGGGCAUAUUACUAAAUUUAGAAACACUUUAAGAGCAUAUUCGAACAAAAAUAAACCAACCAUACCUAUGGACAAUGCAACUAAAAACGGGGAAGAACAACACAAAAAAAACAAAUAA